AUGAACAAAUUACUGAUAUUAUUAGUCCCUGUUAUAUCUCUGGCGUUUUGCCAGAAUAGUAAGACUGAACCCGAUUUCUUGAAAAGGAUGUUUGAAGAUAGCGUUUUAACAUCUUCAACCGUCCCCACGCCAACUGUCCCUCCGGUGAUUCUGCGUGCUACAUCAAGCACACCGGGAUCAUGUAUGUUGAACGAUGGAACAUCAGGCACCUGUGUUAUCAGUUAUUUGUGUAACGCAAACAAACCUGUCAGAACUGAUGGAGCAGGUAUCAUUGACAUAAGAUUCCAAGCCAACCCCUGCUCAUACUAUGAAGUGUGCUGCCCAUUGUCUGACACGGUGAAGCCCAACCUUACAACCCCAGUACCGCCCGUUGAUCGGCUAAGAAGUUGCGGCUGGCGUAACCCAGGUGGCGUUGGCUAUCGUGUCACAGGUCACAGAGAUGGCGAAGCGAAGUUCGGGGAAUUCCCGUGGAUUGUUAUCAUUCUCCAGAUCGAGCCAGUGAAUGCAGGUGAUCCAGAAGGAAUGAAGCGGAACGUCUACGUUGGUGGAGGCUCUCUAAUUCACCCCAGUGCAGUUCUGACUGCAGCACACUAUGUUGCUGCCUCUGAAGCAUUUAGAGUGAGAGCUGGGGAAUGGGACACCCAGACCACGAAGGAGACUUACCCUUACCAAGACAGAGAUGUCUCUGAAAUCGUAAUUCACCAGGACUUUAAUAAGAAAACUCUCUUUUACGACAUUGCUCUCCUCUUCCUCGCAUCUCCAAUGGAAUAUGCGCUGAACGUCGGAAUCGUGUGCCUACCACCACCAGGAGGACUUACUCUCGCUGGAACUGAAUGCUUAGCGUCUGGUUGGGGAAAGGACAAAUUCGGUAAAGAUGGACGCUUUCAAGAUAUUUUGAGAAAGGUGAAAGUCUCAGUAGUAGAUAGACGUCAAUGUCAAACUGCGCUACGUAAUACGCGUCUGGGUCAGUUCUUUGAGCUUCACUCGUCCUUUAUGUGCGCUAUGGGGGCGAAUGGAAAGGAUAUUUGUAAGGGAGAUGGUGGAUCGCCACUUGUUUGCCCUAUACUGUACGAGGAUGACAGAUACGUGCAGAGUGGUAUAGUCGCGUGGGGCGUUGGGUGUGGUCAGGAAUGGACUCCAAGUGUCUAUGUGGACGUAGCCAUCUUUCGCGACUGGAUCGACGGCAAAAUGGCCGCCAAAGGGUUUGACCCUACGAUAUACACAUAUGGAAAUUAA